CCUGUCAACGAGAAGAGCCUGUGGGAACCCUGACUGCCCCACCAGAGCUGAAGAAGAGUUACUGGAGCCUGGUGAAGGACAGGGCGAGGGAGCUGACAGAACUGCUGGUGACCAAGACCAGAGGGAGGUGGCAGUGGCUCUGGUGAGGGCCCUGGAGCUUCCUGCAGACCUACUAUGAUGACCACCUGAGGGACCUGAGUCGGUGCACCAAGGCCUGCGUCCUCAGCUCCAAGGACAGUCUUCUGAACAAGGCCCACAGCUUGUGCCCCGAGCUUCUCUGUGGGGACAAGGACCAGGAUUAA